GAGUAAUCCGGCUGCACUGCCUCGGGACCUGUGAGACUGCAGCGGAAAGUCUACCACACAAUCUGUCCGUCUUUGUCAUCCUGUUUUGAUAAGGAGGCUUCUUGUGCCCCCAACGGCCUCGCUGCUCCACAGUCGUCACUUCACUCUGCUCCACUUUUUCCACAGGCAGCUUUUUUUUUCGACAAGGGAGAAAAAUGAACGGUACCAUGGAUGGGACCAACGAGCACGCUCAUCAGGACGGGUCCUUCAUGUUUACCUCUGAGUCUGUGGGAGAGGGACAUCCUGAUAAGAUAUGUGACCAGAUCAGUGAUGCUGUGCUGGAUGCUCACCUGAGGCAGGACCCUGAUGCCAAAGUAGCCUGUGAGACUGUGUGUAAGACUGGAAUGGUGCUGCUCUGUGGCGAGAUCACGUCCCGAGCCAACGUGGACUACCAGAAGGUGGUGAGAGAAACCAUCCGGAACAUCGGUUAUGACAACUCAGACAAAGGCUUUGAUUAUAAGACCUGUAACGUGCUGGUGGCCCUCGAGCAGCAGUCUCCCGAUAUUGCACAGGGAGUUCACAUCGAUCGUCUGGAGAACGACAUCGGAGCUGGAGAUCAGGGUCUGAUGUUUGGAUACGCAACAGACGAGACAGAAGAGUCCAUGCCGCUCACCGUCGUCCUCGCCCACAAACUCAACUCCAAGAUGGCCGAACUGAGACGCAACGGGACCGUGCCCUGGCUCCGCCCGGACUCCAAGACUCAGGUGACGGUUCAUUACACCCAAGAGAACGGGGCUGUGAUCCCCAAGAGGGUUCACACUGUGGUGAUCUCAGUGCAGCACGAUGACUACGUGAGCCUGGAGGAGCAGAAGAGGGUCCUGGAGGAGAAGGUCAUCAGGGCAGUGGUCCCCUCAAAGUACCUGGACAAGGACACCAUCUAUCACCUGCAGCCCAGCGGACGGUUUGUUAUCGGUGGACCGCAGGGCGACGCUGGAGUGACAGGCAGGAAGAUCAUCGUCGACACAUAUGGCGGUUGGGGGGCCCACGGGGGCGGGGCUUUCUCUGGGAAGGACUACACCAAGGUGGACCGCUCAGCUGCCUACGCCGCCCGCUGGGUGGCGAAGUCUCUGGUGAAAGCCCGACUGUGCAGGAGGGUUCUGGUGCAGGUGGCGUACGCGAUUGGAGUCGCCCACCCGCUCUCCAUCUCCCUCUUCACCUAUGGCUCCGCUCAGAAGAGCGAGAAGGAGCUGCUGCAGAUCGUCAAUAAAAACUUUGAUCUCCGACCCGGCGUCAUCGUCAGAGACCUGGACCUAAAGAGGCCAAUCUACCAGAAGACGGCCUGCUACGGACACUUUGGCAGGAAGGAGUUUCCAUGGGAGGUCCCAAAGAACCUGAACUUCUAGAGUAUCUGUGUGUGUGAGAGAGUGUGUGAGUGUGAGUGUGUGAGAGUGAUGUAUAGAUAGCUGUCCCUCGUGCUCCUGUAACCCAGUAAGAGAAAGGCAGCUGGGAGGGUGUGCAGGGAUGGGUCAGGGUGGGUGCAGAUAGUCGCUGCUUAUUGGACGGAGCAAAGAGGUUUCAUCUGUUUUUAUGACUUCGUCGGCCCUCAAUAGUAACCUGAAACACGAGCCGUUUGGUAUUUUUGUCCCGUAGAUAUACAGCCACAUGCCCGCAGUGUGUUUCACACUUUGGAGAGAGUUGUUGUGGGCAACUAUUUGGCUUUUCUGUCAGGAAAUAAGUGAAUGACCAAAUUUUAAGGGAGAGCAGCCAUGUUUGCAGAUUCACUUCAGAACCACAUCAAUGUCUUAAGAAAAAUCUACAUUUUUGUUAUUGUUGUCAGUAUUUUUUAUAUGAUUAAUACUGUACGCUGCUGGAAGAGAGUCUAAAGAUCUUAAAGUUAUUACACACAGUGAAGACUGUGUCUUUUCAGCUGUUUUGGUGUUUUGUUCUUAAAAACAGCAUAAAAUCAAACCUGUAGACCUGAGGGCUGUUUCACAAAAUCUGUGUUUUUUUCAGUUAUCCAGGCUGAGAUUAAGCAAGUUAGUCAGUCUCACAAAAUCAACGACACAUAAGUUACCAUGGAGAUUUAUUCUGUGCUGCUAACCUGCUGCAGACAGAUUGAAUAAUCCAGGAUGCUCUGCUCUUUCAGUUAUUCAGGAUUUUUUAAUUUGAAACAGUCCCAAGAAUCUACUAUUUUAUUUUCGUUUUUCUCCCUAAUGUUCAAGAUAAAACAGUUGUUUUCAUAUUAUUUGGGAUUCAAACAUGAAUCUCAUCAACAUCUGCACAAAAUGACUCCAAGAUGAGAUCGCAGAAGGAGAAGAUACACACAGCAGAUAUCCCAAAGAAGUUUCAGAUGUUGAUAACAAAGAAAAAAUACAUGCUUCUAAACAUUUAGAAAACAUAUUACUAUAUUUUCUUUAGAGGUUCAUGUUUCAUGAUGAGAUUUAAAAAUACAGUAGAUGUCUCAAACUUUUUAUAUACUGUAGCUGGCUGCAGGCAAAGUAUGUGCAGCUUUGAGUGUAAUAUUGGAUUAUCAAAGAUGUUACAAUUAUUACAUGUAGUAUAUGCUGAAAGUUUUAAUAGUUUUUAGAGUUUCAGCAGGUAAUCAGUGCACAAACCGGUAUUCUGAACAUAGUAUCAUAUUUUCUUCUGAGGUUGUUUGAGAUGAAACAGAUGUUUCUUAUAUUAUUUGACAUUCAAACUGUGAAUUUCAUCAAGACCUGCAGACAUCUGUAAAGCAAAGAUGUAAAAAUACAGUAAAUGUCCUUAUACGAGGUGUAUUUCUCGUCUAAAAGUGAACCACAUCUCUGGAAAAUGAUGUAAAUAUGAUUUUUGAACAAUAAAACGUUUUGACAAAAUA